AUGAACCCUGAAAAGAACCUUCCACGAUUCGAAUAUCCCGCCUUCAAUCCUUUGCAAUACGAAUAUCUUGCGGUCCAAGACGGUGAUGGCGAUGCUGAUUCAUCGGGGAUCCAAUACCUCUUUGCCCUCGACCUCCGCGAAUGCCUUCAUCUGCUGCCCCGCUUCAUUGGAAGCAUCAGUAACUCCCAUGACGGCACAGCUGAGGUCCUGGAGGCAUUGCGUCCGGAGCUUGAUGCCCUGACCACAGCAUACUACUUCAAAUCGAACGACAUCAACCGGAAGCAAGGAGCCCGCAUUGAGAAGCUCGCCGAACUCCGCAAUCUGGCGCUGCAACCCAUGCUCGACCCUAAGGACUCGAAGCUCUAUCCCGCCGAAGCAAACAUGACUGUUAUUUUCCUUAACGAUGUUGCCGCUUGCACAGAUGAUAUUCUUGAUAUAGUUAUCAAGCCCGGCAUGCCUGUUUUGUGGGGCUUUUAUACCAAGCAAUGGUGGCACGGAAGGUCUCGAGGUCUUUGUUCGAAAACCUCGUCAAAGCUCUUAACGUGAACCCACUACCAAACCCAAGGGGUAAAAGCAGAGAAGCCCAUCGUAUCCUUCUACCAUCUUCAUGAUCUUCCGAGCCUCAGAUAUUUCCCUCGCGAAUGCCUUCCUCGCUUUAGGAGUGUCUUCGAUGCCACGACCUGCUAACACAGCUGAUAUACAACUUCCGCUUGCUCGAUGUCGAUGUUGAUUUUCUUUCAUGACUUUGGAAAGCCGAAAACUGGCUGACAUGCCCAAAACGGGGUACAAAAUACUGAGAUUUUGUG